GAGAUGAUCCCCGACCCCUUCCCUUUCGAGGAGGCGCGCCGCAUGUUCCGCGAGCCCGAGGUGGCCGACACGUCCGCCACGCCCGCCUUCAAGUGGAGCGAUCCCGACGUGGAGGGGCUCAAGAGGCGCCCCCUCCCCCCCGCCCCACCCCACCACCACCACCACCCGCUCCCGCUCCCGCUCCCGCUCCCGCACCCGCACCCGCUCCCGCUCGUCGCGGCGCGGCGGCCUGGCGGCCUCACCUCUUGCGCCCGCUGCACCUCUUGCGCCCCCUGCAGCUACCUCAUCGACGAGAAGCAGUUUGGCGAGGAGCGCGUCCUCAAGGCGAUCGAGCGGCUCAAGAAGUGCAAGGGCAAGAGCGGGCAGAACCGGAUGGAGGACUUCUUCGGCAAGGCGACGAUCAUCCCCAACAAGAGAAAGGAGGCGGAGGCGGCCAAGGGCAAGGGCAAAGGCAAGGCGGGCAAGGGGCCGCUCAAAAAGGCGAAGAAGUGA